AGAUGCUACAUAGUUUCAAAGGACUGUUCAUCAAUAUGUAGAUAAUAAAACUGCAAACAUGACAGCCAAGAUUGGACAAAAGAGCAGAUACUCUCAACCAAGCUUUAUUGUUGAUGCAUGGACGUAAAGUCUUUUACCCUCUAUCUUUCUGAUAACACAGAACACAUGUGAUGAAAGAGUUGCUAGAUGCUGUUCAAAAUUUGUGCCAAAAGUGGAAGAGCAUUAGUCUGAGGGAAAAGAUGAAGACCAAAAAUUUUUAUAUUAUGCUAGCCUUCUUGGGAGCAACUUCCAUGUCUUUGUGGUUACUAAGUAAUCCAACACCAAAUUUUAACACAAUUGUUGCACAAACCCAUAAACAGAUUAACAAUUUCAAAAACAUUCCAAGCAACAUUCGCAGUUCAAAUCAGGAGGAUUUCCAUGUAGACCUUAAGUUGUUGGAUAAACUUGGAUUUGAUGUAGAUCCCAUUAAUACAGAAAAUGUAAUGAAGUUCAGCAAGGAUAAAAUUAAAAAGAUUAAUGCAACAAUCAACAAGCCUGUUAUAGCUAUACCUGCUCUUCCAAAAUCCUUAGAUAAAGUUAUUGCACUUGUCAAAUCAGCCGGCAAAUUUCUACCAGAUGUUCCUGUUAUAAUAUAUGAUCUAGGACUCAGCUACCAGAAACAUUUAAAGUUGACUGUUCAUUGCAACAAAACUUCUUCAUGUACAGUAAAGACAUUUGAAUUUGAAAAAUAUCCAUCUCAUCUUAGAGACCUCUCCAUACCCAGCUACAGACCAGUGCUUUUACAGGAAAUUUUAAAUGACAAUGGAACAGUGAUAUGGGUGGAACCUUCAGGAUACAGUUUUAUAUCUGGAGACAUUAGGCCUCUUCUAAAGAAAGCUCAGGAGAAUGGGAUUGUGGCCUGGACAAGUAAGGACCCCGUGUCAACCAUAACCUACGACAAAAUGUAUAAAUACUUCAAAGCGUCAGCUGACCAGUAUUACUUCCUGGAAACGGCCCAAGCUAACCCCCUGAUUCUGCACAACACAGAAAAACUACACAGCAAGGUGAUGCUGCCGUGGGUAAAGUGUGCCCUGUCUAGUGACUGCCUGAACCCCGUGGGGGCCUCAAACACGGGGUGCACGGACAGGAAGCCUCUAUACCUAUAUAGAGGCUGCCACAAGUAUGAUGUGGCUGCUCUGAAUAUUAUUUUAGGACAAGUGUUUCAAUACGAUGAAUCCCCUUAUAAGACUAAAGAAAAGAUAUUUGGAAUUCCUGAAGAGAAGAAGACCACGGAAUCAGGACACCCAAUGCAUGCUUGAGUUGGGAUAAGUAUAUCUAAAGUAAAUGAAGAUCUAAACUAAAUCAAGUAGUCAUUAUUCAUGAUUUGAGGAUACAUAUAACACAAACAAAAAUUUAAUUCAUGGACCGAUACCCCUUUUCUUUUUUGACUGAUUUUGAAUACAAAUGACAUAAUUAAUAAAUUCCUAAAAUAAA